CUUUUUCCUAUUCACUUCCGCGUAGUCAUGGAACGAUUACCUAUAAUCAUCUCCUUCUGUUUGUAAAAAGCAUGGCUCACAGCAGGCAGGGAGGUGGGAAUAUACAAAGUUCUAUGUGCCAAAUUAGGAAACAAGUGCCGGGAAAUCAGUUUGCUACGACAGGUAGUGCUUGUGUUCUAACCUGGCCUUGGAAACUAGAAGAACGUCAGGGACAGACAACAACACAGACCGCAACGGCAGCGGAAACAUUUUUGGUAACUACAAGUCAGGUUGUCAACAAAUUAGAUUUGAACUCCAACACAGCUUGGAAAGCUGACUUCUUAACCAUCAGGAAAUCGCUGGGUACUGAAAGAUUUAGUCUAAACAACGUCCCGGUUUAUGAAGUGGCUACUCCAAGUCAGGAAAUAACUCUAAUCUUGAUUCCUACAGAUGCUUUACGCAAGCAAAUGAAGUGGUCACUAUUCCGAGGAAAUCAAUUUCAGUCUGUACGUUCUCAGCUCUGCUAUCAAAGAGGAAGUGAUUCGGAGUUUAAAGCAUCUGAUCCGAAACAGCUCCUUUACUGCUAUGUGCUGUCGGAAAGUUCCUCGUCAAACAACAAGUUUUCUCUCCAGUGUUACCUACUAUACUUGGAUGAAUGCGGGUCAUAUUUCCUUCAAACCCAUGGGAGCAAAGCUAAAUUGAGAACAGCCGAAGAUUUCCCGUCUACCGAAAAACCAAAGGGCUCGGUAAUUUUGAGCGAGGACGGCUACAUUGUAGGAUUUUUGGCAUUCAGCGACGAGGAUGAGAUUCUUCCAUUGUUCUUUCCACGAAAUGUGCAAGAUGAUAACCAGCCACUGCAGGUAAUGAUCAGCCCAGAAGACACUGGCACGGAUGGUGAGGCAUCACAGAGAAGUCAUGCUUCAGGAAAUGGGGAUGUCAAUCGAAACAAGAAUAAGAAGAAUGUACUCCCUCCUUGCAGCAUAGAGACAUCAAGAAAAGGCGAACUAAAAGGUUCAGACGAGUUUGAAAAAUACAGUAAAACACCAACUGGAGAUGCAGAAGAGGAUUUACUGCCACCCCGUGAAGAUCCAGAUCAAGACAUGGAAAUUGAGGAAAAUGAGCACAUCAUUGGCACCUCAAAUCAACCAUCUGAGCUGUCAUAUGUUUCACAAUCGGGGGAAGGCAAUCCUGAUAAUGACAAAACUAAGGCAAGAAGUAGUGGGGAUGGUGAAGAGGAAAGAAUUCAAUCACAUUCACAGCAAAGAACUGUGACAAAAGAUAAGGAGCAAAACCCAACUAGCACUAUGUCUGUUGAUCCUAAAAAUGAUGGUACUGAGGGGAAAGAAGCUUCCAUCAGUGGAGGAGCUACCUCAAGUACACCUCAAAAGCCUGAAGCCAAAGCUCCUCCUAUUUCAAGGUGUUACAGUGCGCAAGCAACCAUGACACCAAAAACAAUGAGGAAGUCACAAAAGUGCUACAGCGCAAUGCCCCCAAUGCCUCUGAAAUCAGGGGCGCUGGUUGGAAAUGAGGUGAUGGAUAAAGCCUAUGUUAUUGAUGCACUCAGUCGAAAGCUGGACCCAACUAACAAGGGUCUUCAGAACUGGAGGCACUUAGCCCAACUUAAUGAUGUGUCUACAGACCUGGAGUCACAGGAACGUCAUUCUAGAUCUGAAUCAGUGUUUAAAGUGUUAGCUGCAUCCAAUCCAAGCCUUCCCAUUGGAACAUUUAGACAUCAUCUUGAAGAUCUGCAAAUUAAUACAGUGAGGGAUUACAUAGCGUGCCUUGAGGACCAUGAGACAAUUGAAACAUUUUUAGAAGCAACAGACCCCAGCACCCCACGCAAAGUUUUCAACACACUAGAUCUUCUAACUGAUGAAAAGUGGCAAAAACUGGGCAUUAAACUUGGAUUUGAUUGCAACGACCUAGAAGCCAUAAAGACUGAUUGUGCAAAUAAACAUCAAAACCCUGCAGGAGAUGUAAUGGAACUGAUUUACACAAGAAAUCCGACAAUGACAAUAGGUCAGUUUAAGAAAAAGUUGAUCAACAUCAAAAGGACUGAUGUGAAGAAUAAAUUGGACCACCUAGAAGAAACGGACACGAUUAGCGACUUAAGGGGUGAUUUGGAUUUGAUGCGCUGUGUGACCACCAUGCUCAGUGGAAGCGACAAUCCCCGGGUUAAAAACUACAAGGAUCUUGCUGAUGAAUGCGAUAUUCCCGGUGAAUUGUACCAGAGUCUUCAGCCACCUGGUGCUGACAGCCCGACUAAAGAGGUGAUAAACGACAUUGUAGGACGUAGACCUACAUAUUCCGUGGAAGAACUCUUCACUAAUUUGCGCGACAUGAAACGUCUGGACGCUAUAGAGGUCAUUAGCCGCUAUUUUGUAGAGGAGGAUGUGAGGGCUUUGAAAAGAAAACUAAAGAUUUCGGAUGAGUGAAUCGAUAGUGGUAACACUCUGUUUUUUGUGACAACCUUUCAGUUGUGGCUGAGAUAAACCCAUAUUGUAAGAAUAUAUUAGGAACAUACCAGGUGGUCCGAUAGUCACGCGAGGAAAUCUUUUGUUUCUUACAACUUCUUGAAAGAACAAUAUGACCCUCGUAAAAUGUGAAUCUCAGAACUCAAGUAUAUACUAAGUCAUCGAAAAUCAAAUAACCAAAUGCUUUUAAAGACAUAUUUACAUAGAAAAGAGGAACUCGUCAUAUCGGAUAUUUCAUUCAAGAAUAUGUACCCCUGUGAGGUUGUCUGUAUUUUUUCAUUCGGAACUGUAAGGCGUUAUAAUUAUAAGUGGUGGGUGUUUUUGGAUGCCCUAUGCUUCUCCACGGAACCAUGGAGAUAAAUAAGUAAGAAGGUAUAAGUCAGAAUUGUAACAGAUCUACAAAUUGAAAAUGGUAAUUUAAGCCAGAACAUCUGGCAAACGUUCCAGGCUCAAAUGGCGAAAAAAGUAAGGUGAGAAAGUUCAGCAACAGUCCGAAAAGUAGACGUUCUUAGAGAACAAAACGAGCUAGUGUAGCACUUUCAUUAGAGUUGACACGUUUGGGUACGAGUUAGUUCACGUAAAAGUAAUGUGUAUACUGUUUACUCAGAGACUCCCUACAUACAUGAUUCGAUUUGAACAUCUAGAGAAAAAUUUUAGAGAGACGCUAAGAGUGGACUCCUGACAAACGCAAAACAAAUGAUCAUCGUCUACUAAGCGCGUCUCUUUAUUGACUUUAUUACUGGCCGACGUCCUGGCAGACGUCUGGAAGCCGUCCCAAACGUUUAGUACAGUGCACAGUUGUAGUAGAAAGGCGAGGUACUAUGAACUGAUAGGCGCAAUUAUAGUGGUAGCAGUCAAGACUUCAUAUUUGCUCAUAUUCAUCACACACAAGGCAAAUGCUUCCGUUUUCUCCAUAAGCUGCUUUCCUGCCUUGUUUUUGCAUUUGCAUCAUAAAAACAUCCAAAGGUGUCUUCAUCUUAACUUCACCAACUGUCCUCCAUGAUGUAAGUAACAGUGUACUCUCACUAGCUAACAAAAUCAUUUACCGUACAUCGUCGUCCAUUUUUGGCAGGAAAAUCAUUUAUGUUUUUAAAACACCAGAAUUGUUUUUAGUUUUCAAAUUCCAACUACAUAUGUCCCCGACAUAUACUAAUUAAAUAGGCUAACGUACACUUUAAUGUUAAGUAUGGACCAUGUCGCAUGUAGGGCCAUGGUUCAGACACCAGAUGUGCGACAGGCAAGCAACAGGCUCAUUAUAGCUUACCUAGGUCGCGAGAGGAAUUGGGAGAAUGUUCUGUGGAGCCCGUGUUCACAAUCCACUGCCGGAAAUAAUUAAGAUGGCGGCUGUAGAUUUUACCACAGUACAUGCGAGCCUUACACAGCCCAUAAAGUACAAGGACUGAGCCAUAUGUUUGCGAUAUUUUUCCCUGUGCUAACGACAUUGUGUGUGCUAAGUUUGAAAGUCUCAGAACUUUCCUGUACGUUUUUAUGAGCAUUGUUAAAGUUUUCGUGCACUAAGAAUUAUGGGUAAAUCUACCAGUCGCCAACUUUUUUCCAACAGAGAAUUAGAUACAACUAGACAUUGUUUUCUUUGUUUAAGUUUGGCACGUGGCUCUACCAAACAUAAAUUAGUAUAAAUUGCAUUCUAUCAUGAAUGCCGUUCUCUUAUUAGGUACGUUACUCACUAUCUCUUGUAGAUAUAGUGAGUAGCCUAGCAGCGUGUGGUUGUUAGCAAAGUGGAGGCCGUUUCUUUGCGUUUUAAAAAUGUCUGUGAAGAGGAUUGAGAUAAAAUUUUGAACUACUAGUAGAUUUAUACUAUGGGCACGGGCUGCGCCCUUGCCGACGUACUAUCACGCGAUAGAAUUUUUUCGCAAUAGUGAAAUUCACGCAUAUGGUUUGCGACUAAGCAUGACUUAGUCAAAAUGGUCCAAAUCAAAGUCAAGCAGAUCGUGAAAAGUCAAGCAGAUCAGAACAAAUCGUGGUGUUUUUCAGUAAAAUAUAUACCGGCGGAAAUUUGAUACAAUUGAGAAUUUCAAGAAGAUGACAUUACCAUACUGUAUAUAGAAGAAAAUAAGAGGAUAUCAUUAGAGAAUUGCAUUUUUGAAAUAAGUGUACUGACAGGUGUAAAUCGUUAAUAGUUGAAAUGGGAAAGUUUUAAGUUACGGCACAAGUUACAUACAUUAAUCAUUAGCUUACUUAUACUUAUCUUUAACGAAUGUUAAUUACUACACCGAGUAAAUGGAAAUAAAGAACGAAGCGCUUACUGCAA